CGAACUUCGACAACGAUUUUAACUCAAUAAUCAAUCGACAUAGCAUUUAUUGAGCCUUACGUGUUCUGUUUUCUUCCUUAGUGAAGUACCCACACUCACUUCACAUGGUCUUCACGUCUUAGCUAAGCUAGGCCCUACUCAUUGACAUUUAUGUCAUUUCUUGUGUAUUUAUAUAAACCCUAGAGUUAAAGGACAGAACAAAGCAUAACUCGAAUAGCUAAUUUUCGUCAUCAUUUCUUGAGAUGUAUAUGGCCUCACUGUCUCCGAGACUCCACAAAGCGUACAAAGCUAGAUGUGUUAGCUUACCGGUUCGGUCUCAUCCGAGUGUUAGGAGGAUUCAAGAAGUGGUCUCCAAGGUUAGAGCUUUGGGGUCUUCUUCGUUAGACUCGAGGACAAUAGUCCGUGACAGUCUCUCUGGUCUCACCGAGCUUUACAGAUGUUUAAGUGAAGAUCUCUUCAAGUCUUCUUCUGAAACUCAACAAGCCCUUCUUAAUGGUGAUGGUUUGAUGGAAGAGCUUCUUGAAGUAUCACUGAAAUACUUAGAGGUUUGUGGAGGAGCUAAGGACGCAGCUUCGAGGAUCAAGAAGAUUGUUGUCGAGCUUCAGUCUGCUUUGAGAAGGAGCAAGAAAGGAGGUGAGUUUAGCCUCGAGAGUGACGUGGAUGCUUAUGUGGCGUCUAGGAAAGAGAUCAAGCAGGAGAUCAAGAAGUAUAUGGUAAUGUCGAAAGAGACAGAUGCGUCUUUGGAGAGUGUUUGGUGUGAUGGCGAUGAUCAAGAGAUGAGUGCUUUAGUUAGAGUGAUGCAAGAGACGAGUGUAAUGACUUGUUUCGUCUUACGCUCGGUCUUCUCGUUCUUGUCGUCGCCUAAAGGGUUAAAGACUAAGAAUCAUCAUCACCACAAAGGUUGGGGGAUUGUUAUGAAGCUUGUGAAGAAAGGAAUAGAACAUCAUCACCAGGAGAAAAGAGAUUACGAGACGGGAUUUUCUUGUCUCGUGCUUGAAGCUAUGGAAUCUGAGCUUGGGAAGCUCGUUGUGAUGAUGACAAGGGAAGAUCAAGAAGAAGAGAAAAAGAUUAGUGAAGAAGUAUCUGAGAGGGUUCAAUGUGCAUUGGUUAGAUCCGAAGGUGUAGAGGCAGCCAUGGAAGAGCUUGAAGAGGGACUUGAAGGAUUGUUCAAGGUAAUGAUACAAGCUAGAGUCUCUCUUCUUAACAUCCUCUCCACUUAAAAUGGAUCAGAUUCGAAUUUCUUGGUCUGGAUUGGAAAUAAGUUAGUUGCUACUUGACCAGUCGAUUGGUUUUAAAAUCUUGGUUUGGUUUUUGUUUGUUUGUUCUUGUAUGUUGUGAGAGAGAGUUUAAACAUGCGUCCAUGUUUUAGAGGAUGUGUGUUUGUUGUAAGUGUGUAACCCGUUCAGGUGUGAAAAACUCUUGUAAAGUUUUAUGUACGUAAGCAUCUUUAUUGCACAAAUAAAAGAGGUGUCUUUUAACAAUAUUUUAAAAAAUU